UAAAAUAAUAUAUAUGUGCCUUAAAUUGUGCCAACGUUAAAUAAAUCCAUACAUAUGUGCCUCAAACUGUGCCAACGCUAAAUAAAUCCAUACAUAUGUGCCUCAAACUGUGCCAACGCUAAAUAAAUCCAUACAUAUGUGCCUCAAACUGUGCCAACGCUAAAUAAAACUAUACAUAUGUGUGACAAGAAGUUUUUGGCAGCGGAGGAGAAGAUGACGUGUCCGGAGUCCAGGAUCAUGAUCAGGUCUAGCGAUGGACGGACGAACUAUUACAGGACACAGAUCCUGGCAGCCUUGGCAGUCUCCCUCGGGCCCUUCGCAGCAGGGCUCAGCAAGGGCUACAUGUCUCCCGCCAUCGCGUCCCUACAGGACACGAAACCUGGCGGCUUCGCUGUGAGCGACCAGCAGGCUAGUUGGAUCGCUAGCUUAAGUUUAUUAGGUGCCCUCUUCGGUGGAGUGAUCGGCGGUCUGGCCAUGCGGUUGGGUCGACGAUCCGUCCUGCUAGCUGCUGCCCUCCCCUAUACGCUGACUUGGCUGGCCACUGCGCUGUCUACUGGGGUUGACAUGAUCUCCAUUACUUCAUUCUGCGGAGGGAUGUUGGUGUCAUGCAUAUCUAUGAUUACACAGGUAUACGUCACUGAAAUCGCCGUCCCAGACAUCAGAGGCUGCCUGAGCUCCGUGCUGAAGAUCCUCAGCCAAAUAGGCAUCCUUAUCUCCUACACCUUAGGUGCCUAUUUGGAAUGGCACCAGCUCGCUUUAGUGGUCGCCUCAGCACCCGUUUUACUCUUCUUUGCUUUACUCUUCAUCCCAGAAACUCCGUCCUCUUUACUCUUAAGAGGAAAGGAGGAAGAAGCUUCAAGUGCCUUACAAUGGCUGCGAGGACCGGAUGCAGAUGUUAGGCAGGAGUUAGUAACAAUAAGGACGAAUAUUCUGGCUAGUAAGAGAUGCCAUGAUGGCGGAAAGCUAAAGGCUCUGCUAUCAAAAAGAUUAACAAGACCAGUAUUAAUAACCUGUGGUCUCAUGUUCUUUCAAAGAUUCACAGCCGCUCACGCUUUUAACUUCUACGCUGUCAAUUGGUUCAGGAAGACUUUGAGAGUUCUAAGUCCUCACGGAGGUGCUAUAGCUACUAGCGUAGUCCAGCUCCUAGCAUCGUGUCUAUCAGGGAUGCUGAUAGACCAUGUGGGAAGGCUACCGCUUCUACUCAUAAGCGGGGCAAUGAUGUCGCUAGCGUUAGCUGGAUUUGGAUCCUACGCUUACUACCAAGAUGUAAUCUUGACGAGUAGUAAUGUUGACUCCGGAUCAUAUGACUGGAUUCCUCUGCUCUGCGUGUUAACGCUUACUAUUGCCUUUUCUUUAGGCAUUAGUCCUAUAUCUUCAUUAUUAGUAGGAGAAUUGUUUCCAUUGGAGUAUAGGAGUACGGGAAGCGCUUUAGCUACAAGCUUCAGUCAUUUCUGUGGUUUCAUGAAUGUAAAAACUGCAGCAGAUUUUCAGGAGCAUAUAGGCUUGUAUGGCCUUUUCUGGCUAUACGCUGGUCUUUCCGUCUUAUGUCUUCUAUUUGUUAUUCUCUUCGUGCCGGAAACGAAGGGGCGUGAAAUUGAUGAAAUGGACCCGAAAUAUGUCGAAUCGCUUUGUAUAAAUCGAUAGUAUGAAUGACGUAGGCUUUAAAUGUUUGUUGCGCAGAAUAUGCUCAGAGGGCCUACCGCCAACCACGGUCAACGUGUUGCCUCCCAGUCACACUUACGUACGAAUUUACAAGUGCGACAGAGAGGCAACAUGUCGAACGUGGUUCGGGGUCUGAACGUCAAGUUUAAAAGUCAGCCGUAUUUACAAUAGUAGGUAUACGACUGAAUAGAAUACCUUGCGAUAUUACUUAACGAUGUAAUCAUAUUGAUAAUGUCAAUUUUCAAAUUUUCAUUUUAGGUAGACCGUAUUCUGCUCGACAAACGUAGUUUUUAUGCUUAAUUAGGUAGAAUUAUAUAAAUUUGGGCUACUUUAGGGUAAGCUAUCUGUCAGAUAGUGAUUAAAUGAGAUUAUCUUUAAGAUGGCCCCAGUCUUCCAAGCUAAUACAGACAGAUCAUACAAAUGUCAUGGCAUUUUUAUUAAAUAGUGUAACUAGCCAGUAUUCCUGUCUGUAUAGCUAAUAGUGCAGUAUUAUUCUUACGAAAGUAUUUGUCGAGUUGUGCCUUCAGUUCCUCAUCACAAGACUUGAGUGGAUAUCUAGUUUGAGUGCGUGUGUGUGUGUGUGUGUGUGUGUGUGUGUGUGUGGUUAUGGUUAUAGCAACUAGCAUAAUGAAUGACAUGUACAAGGCGGUGACUAGCCCUUGUGAGCCCUUGCUUUAUAAUUAUAAAAGUAAAAUAAUGUUGAUAAGCAACGAGAGUGAGUUAUAUAGCACGCAAAAAUAACUGACAAUAUUUUGCAACAUUUCCGUAAAAAGUGGACACGAAUCAGAAUCAGAUGUCUUAACAUGAGUUUGAAAGAUACAGAAAACUACUUCAGAUACUACCUAACUAUGUUUUUAUAAAAACUACUUAUGAAACUCGCUUUCAGCUCGUUUCAUAAAUCCACACUCGUAUUUUAAUGCAUUACAUUAAGUAACAGACAUAUAAACUACUAAUAAAAAAUCCUGUUCCAUCUAUAUUUUCCAUAACCAUAUUCGGGUAGGUCUUAAAACAACUAUGCUAGUUGCUAUUACCCUGGUUUUCAGAUCUGUUUAUUUCUUUUCACAACUGUUAAUAGUUUAAUGUACAUAUAGUUUAAUUAUAGUUGUUUGAAGAGCUUAUUGGUAUAACGGGUAACAUAUUGUAUAAUACUGAUCGAGGUCAUUAUAUAGGUAAAAUAGAAUUAUACACACAACGCACAAAAAAUGUUGUUGUAUAAGUGACAUGUUAAAUAAAGCAUUAUAAAUAUUGUUUAAAAUGCGUUUAAAGUAAUUUCAAAACGAAAAUUGUUUUUACUGUUUCUUUAAAUAUUUGCGACGCGCUUUUAGAAUAAAAUCUUAUAUUUUACAAAGAAAAUGUGAUGUCAAGUUUCGAGCAGUUUAUAUGUUAAUUUGUAAAAUAUAUAUACAGUAGAAUCCGCUUAUAAUGACAUCGAAGGGAAGUGACAAACACGUCAUACUAAGCGGAUGUCAUAUAAAGCAUAGUGGAUUAACUUCUUAUUUUUUUUACUUUUUCCAAAUUAAUCUCAAAUUCCUUUGCGAGAGACGAGUUUUAUUAACCGUGUACCGAUAUAUCUCGAGAUUCAAAACAACUUACACGCCACGCACGCAUCAAACGUAUCGCACUAAAAAACGUGGGUACGGCUACGAAAACCAGCGAAUUGUCAGUAUAACCGGACAUAAUUCCAUAACAAUAGGAUUUAUAGAUCAUAGUAAGCGAAUUGUCACUAUAAGCGAAGUCAUCUUAUCCGACUUCGUCACAUAGAAUUUUGUAUGGAAACCAAACUUCGCACAGUAAUUGCGUCAUAGUAAGCGGUUGGUCAGUAUAUGCGGAGUCAUAAUAAACGGAUUCUACUGUAUAAUUAAGGCACAAAUAAGAUAUUAUUAAUUGAUGAUAUAAUUAUCAACAGUAGCCUCCUAAGGCUCCUAACGGUGCUAAAUAUACGAAAAUACUUUUAAUGUAGAGCAUUUAUACGUAAAGUAGGUAACAAAUUUUAUUAGACGCAUUUAUUUUGAUCAUUUUGUUUACAUUAUCAAAUGAAGUCAAAUGUGGAGAUUAUAAACGUCCGAACAAUACUGAUAUUCAAAUUAUUUAUAUUCAUAAUUAAAUUGUAUUACAAAAACGAUUUUCAGUUCAGUGCCUGUAAUUGAUAUGAAAUACAUUUUCUAGUUAUCAAGUUAUCAUAUAGUAGACAACAUACAACGUUGCAGUACGGCAGCUAAAACAUUGUUUUAAAAGCGAAAUGUUGUCAAAAUACUAUUUACAAUUUAAGGGCAGGCCUAGGGCGCAAAUGCGCUAAGAAAAUGAAGGUUCUGUCUCUCUAUCGCACUAAUAUGUGAGAGUGAUAGAGAGUCAGAAAUAUCUUGGCUAAGCACCCAAAAGUGCGACAAAUGAGAAUGGGUAAAUAUAUACCUACCCAGAAAUGGCACGUAUAGACUGUUAAUGAUAUAAUAAUUAGUUAUAUAUUAUGGUAUAAAACUGGUGCUAAGUGGGUGCCUUGUUGUUACAAUAAUUUAGAAUGUAUUAUAUAUUUACAUAUAGUGAAUCUUGUACAUAAUAUAAUAUAGGAAUGUAAAUACAAUAUUUAUGAUAUGUUUACAAUCGUGUUGCCAUGCCAUACGCUAUGUUAAAGUUUAUUUUAUAAGUAUUUGUACUUAAACGUUUUCGAAUUUAGUAUUCUGUUACAAAGUUAAUAAAUUUUGUGAACCCUU